UUCCUUCCUUUCUAGGAAGACUCAUUCUCACUGCUCCUGGGAGGACUCAAAGGACAGAAGUGGCCUCUCUCUCUCUUUCUCCCGAUUGUUGAAAAGGAAAGGGUCGAUCUCAGGUGUACAUAAGUCUAGAGCUGGCCUUCCUGGUCUCCAAUGAAAGGAAAAGACUCCACUGAAUUUGUCCUCCAUGGAAGAAACAGCCACCUUCAGACAGGUGACCUUUGGGGAUGUGGCUCUCUAUUUCACUGAGGAGGAAUGGGAACUCUUGGAUCAAAACCAAAGAUCUUGGUAUUAUGCGGUCAUGAUGGAAAACUACGAGAAUGUGUCCUUCUUGAGAGACAACUGGCACGAAACCCAAGCAAGCAGGCACAAGCUGAGGCCCUCCAAACACCUCCAAACCCACUUGGGAAGGGAACAUCGUCCUGCCAAGCAUCAGUAUACGUGCACUAUGUGUGGAAAAUGUUUCCCCCAAUGGAUAAAGCUUAUUUUUCACAAGAAAGCCCAUAUUAGAAUGAAUAGUUUUAAAUGGGGAGUGUCCAGAAAACAUAGUGCGGGAGAUCUGCAGCUUGGGAACUGCACAGCGGAGGAAGCGUGCCGAGGCAAAGAGUGUGGAAAAGGUUUUGCUUCUAAUUCACAUCCCGCGAGCUACACAGGAACCCAAACAACAAAGCCACACUACAAAUGCCAAUACUGUGGGAAAGAUUUUGGUCACAAGUCAGACUUUGUGAGGCAUCAAAGAGUUCACACAGGAGAGAAACCCUACAAAUGCCAACAGUGUGGGAGAUGUUUUGCUCGGAAGUCGCACCUCGAGAGCCACUUCCGAAUCCACACAGGAGAGAAGCCAUACAAAUGCCGGCAGUGUGGGAAACGUUUUUCUCAGCAGGCAAACCUGGAAAGCCACCUGAGAGUCCACACUGGGGAGAAGCCAUACAAAUGCCGGGUGUGCGGGAAAAAAAUGUCUUGCUAUUCAAGUCUUGUAACUCAUAAGAGAAUCCACACAGGAGAGAAGCCAUACAGAUGCCCGCAGUGCAGCAAAUGCUUUGCUUACAAGUCGUACCUUGUGAAGCACCUGAGAUUCCACACAGGGGAGAAGCCAUACCGAUGUCAGCAAUGUGACAAAUAUUUUGCUACCCAUUCGCACCUUUGGGCUCAUCAGAAAACCCAUACAGGCGAGAAACCCUACAAAUGCAAGCAAUGUCAGAAAUGUUUCGUCCGCAAAUCAGUCCUUGUGACUCAUCUGAGAGUCCACACGGGAGAAAGACCCUACAGGUGUCAGCAGUGUGGGAAAGAUUUUGCGUGGCAUUCAAACCUUGUGGCUCACCAGAGAAUCCACGCGGGAGGGAAACCACAUAAAUGUCAGCAGUGUGGGAAAUCUUUUGCUCAGAAAACAUACCUUAAGCGUCACCAGAGAGUUCACACGGGAAAUAAAACACACAGAUGUCAGGAGUGUAGGAAAAAUUUUGCUCAUGGUUCAGCUCUUCGGAAACAUCAGAGAGUCCACUCGGGAGACAAACCGUACAGAUGCGAAACUAACGGGAAACCUCUUGCUCACAAGUCACACUUUGUGACUCACCAGAGAAUCCACAGAGGAGAGAAACCAUACAUAUGUCAGCAUUGUGGGAAAUGCUUUGCACGCAAAUCGGUCUUUGUGACUCAUCAGAAAACUCACACAGGAGAGAAACGGUACAGAUACCUGUAGCAUUUUGCUCAGAAUUCAACCCUUUAGAGCAGGUAUGGGCAAACCCAGGCCCGGGGGCUGGAUUCAGCUCCUUGGGCUCUUUUCUCGGGCCCUCCCCUCUCUCACCAUCCUUUCCUUCCUUCCUCUUUCUCUUUCCCUUCCACUCUUUCAUCCUUCCUUCCUCUUUCCUUCCUCCUUCCCUCCCUUCCUUCCCUCCUUCUUUCUCCCCUCCUUCUUCCUUCCCUUCCACCCUUUUGUCCUUCCUUCCCUUUCUCCCUCUCUCCUUCCUUCCCUUUUGUCUUUCCUUCCUUUUCUUUCUUCUCUCCUUCCUUCCUUCCCUCCCUCUUUCUCCAUUCCCUUCUACCAUUUUGUCUUUCCUUCCUCCUUUCCUUCUCUCCCUCCCUUCGUUCCAUCCACUUUCAUCUUUUCCUCCCUUUUGUCUUUCCUUUCUUCUCUUUCUUUCCUUCCUUCCUCCCUCCCUCUUUCUCCUUCCAUCCUUCCCUUCCACCCUUCCUUCCUUUCCUUUUGUCUUUCCUUCCUUUCUUUCCUUUGUCCUUCCCUUCCUUCCAUCCUUCUCUUCCUCCCUUCUCCUUUUCCUUCCUCUUUCUCUUCCAUCCUUCCCUUCCGCCCUUUUAUCCAUUUUCCUUCCCUUUUAUCUUUCUUUCCUUCCCUCUUUCCUCCCUCCUUCCCUCUCUUCCUCUUUCUCCUUCCUUCCUUCCCUUCCACCCUUUCAUCCUUCCUUAUCUUUCUUCCUUCUCUCCCUCUUUCUCCUCCCUUCCUUCCCUUUUGUCUUCCCUUCUCUUUCCUUUAUCCUUCCCUUCCUUCCAUCCUUCUCUUCCUGUC